ACAAAGAUUUGACAUCAUUGCCAGGUACAGAGUCGCCUCUUUCACCUUCUUCCGAUAUCUUUUGCCAUCUCUCCUGAGCCCUGACCGGUGAAAAAGAAAUUGCCCAUUAUCUUACUGCCACGAUGUCUCACAAGCAGAUUAUCGUUGCUUUUGACCUGUACGGGACAUUGCUCUCGACAGAGUCGAUCGCAAAGCAAUUAGCAGAACACUUCGGCCAGGAGAAAGCCCAAAGCAUAGCCACGGCAUGGAGGCGAUACCAACUGGAAUACACAUGGAGACUUAAUAGCAUGGACCAAUUCGAUACCUUCUCGAACAUCACGCGCAAUUCGUUAUUGCAUGCCUUGGCGGAAAACGGCGCUCAGUGCGAUGAGAAGGCUAUCGGAGAGCUCAUGGCGGCUUACGAUUUCUUGUCUACGUUCCCCGAUGUGAUUCCGGCUCUGACCAAACUCGCAUCUAAACCAAACAUCACGCCGGUUGUCUUCUCUAAUGGAACACAGUCGAUGGUGUCAAACUCAGUGCUACGUUCCAAGGACUUGUCUCCCAAAGCCGACGUCUUCCGCGACAUCAUCACUGUCGAUGAUGUUAAGAAAUACAAGCCGGCGCCAGCCACAUAUGCCCAUCUAGCAAAGAAGAUGGGCAAGGACGCAUCCCAGAUGGGCGACAUGUGGCUCAUCAGUGGCAAUCCGUUCGAUAUUGUCGGUUCUAGAGGUAGUGGGAUGAAGGCCAUUUGGGUCGACCGCGCUGGCCGAGGAUGGAUGGAUGGAGCCGUUCCAGAAUUACAGCCGACCGCUAUUGUCCACAGUCUGGAGGAGAUUGUAGGCAUCAUCGACAAGCAUGCCAACUGACAAUCUCUUCCGCACGUAAUGUACAGCAGACAGUAAAUGCCCUAGGCAUAACAGGACCUAUGAUUCCUCGCUCAUAACCGGAUCGUCGGUGUCGUAGAAGAAGAGAUG